ACAUGAUUCAGUUUCUCUUCCCAUUUAUCUUGGCCAUCUUAAGCGUGGAUGCUGUAUAUUUUGAAGAUGGAGAACUGUGUAUGGUAAAAAGAAACUUUACUGUAGCCACCUGUGGUCUCAAACCAGAGAUUGUCGCUAUCAAGAAUGCGCUGUCGAGAAUGGAGAAUGAAAUUUCAAGUUUAGGAAGUGAAUUAAGACAAGUUAAAAAAACCUGUGGUAGUUGUGUUCAUCGGGAAGCAAGAAGUUGUGCUGACAACCUUUAUCUUGGAGCAACUGAGGACGGACUUUACUACAUUGAUCCAGAUGGCAACGGAAAAUUCAAGGUAUUUUGUGACAUGACAACAUCAGGUGGAGGAUGGACUGUAUUUCAACGUCGUCUUGAUGGAAGUGUCGACUUCUACAGAGGAUGGCAAGAUUACAAGACAGGUUUUGGCACCUUGUACGGUGAACAUUGGCUUGGUCUCGAAAAAAUUCACAGAAUAACAAAAAGCCAAAAGCAUGAACUUCGGAUUGAACUAGAAGAUUUUUCUGGAAACACCCGUUUUGCCCAAUAUACCAAUGUUUCAAUUUCUAAUGAAAGUGACAAAUAUCGAAUAAAUCUCGGAGUAUAUUCAGGUAAUGCUGGUGGCAAUGCUCUAAGGUUGCAUGAAAACAUGGCUUUUACAACCAAAGAUUCUGACAACGACUUAUUCAAUGAGAAUUGCGCUGUUAAAUUCAAAGGUGCUUGGUGGUACAAUAAAUGUCAUCAUUCAAACCUGAAUGGAGAUUAUCACCAAAGUGCUCUUGUCCAGUAUGGGAAUGGUAUUAUCUGGUAUGAAUGGAAAGGGUAUUAUUUCUCUCUCAAACACGUUUCAAUGAAAAUUAGAGCUGUGUAACAGAAGGAGAGGAAACUGUG